UGGAUUACCCUGUGCCUGGCAAAAUGGAGCUUGAGGCCAUGAGAAGAUACACCAGCUCAGUGAACCCGGCUGUCAUUCCACAUCUGACUGUGGGGCUGUUGGCCACUGGCAUGUUCUUCAUUGCCUGGUUCUUCAUUUAUGAGGUCACCUCCACCAAAUACACUUGGGAUAUCUACAAGGAGCUCCUCAUCUCUUUGGUGGCCUCACUCUUCAUGGGCUUUGGAGUCUUCUUCCUGCUGCUCUGGGUCGGCAUCUACAAUAUGAACUCCCAAGCAUUCCAACCAGGUGGCUUAACUGAAUCCCUGCUUUUGUAA